GACUUUCCUCUCCCCGCCGCCUGGCUCUCGCUCCGCCGUCCUGCUGGGGGCCGAGGUCACCUGCCAGGUAGGAGCCGGCGGCGGGGUCACCUGCCAGGCAGGUUGCACUCAUGGCGCCCCCGAGCGAGGAGACGCCGCUGAUUCCCCAGCGCUCCUGCAGCCUCUCGUCCUCGGAGGCCGGCGCGCUGCACGUGCUGCUGCCCGCCCGGGGCCCGGGGCCACCCCAGCGCCUGUCCUUCUCCUUUGGGGACCACUCGGCUGAGGAGUUGUGCGUGCAGGCCGCCAAGGCCAGCGGUGAGUGUGGCCCCGCGGGGACUCGGCCCGAGGGAAGUAGACGGCCGUGGGGCGCCCAGAUCGGGAGCGCCGUCGACUCUGUUGCCCAGGCGCUAGGAGUUGCACUCAUGGCGCCCCCCAGCGAGGAGACGCCGCUGAUUCCCCAGCGCUCCUGCAGCCUCUCAUCCUCUGAGGCUGGUGCGCUGCACGUGCUGCUGCCCGCCCGGGGCCCGGGGCCACCCCGGCGCCUGUCCUUCUCCUUCGGGGACCACUCGGCUGAGGAGCUGUGCGUGCAGGCCGCCAAGGCCAGCGCCCCGGCCCCCCGCAGCUACAAGGCCUGCCUGCCGCCCCGCCUGCGCGACGCCAUCCAGGGCCUGAGCUUCGUCACGCGGAGGCGCAUCCGCGGGACCGUGCGCCGCGCGCUGCGCCGCGUGGCCGCCUGCCAGGCCGACCGGCACUCGCUCAUGGCCAAGUACAUCCUGGACCUGGAGCGGCUGGGUCCCGCGGGCGCCGCCGAGACCUUCCGCGUGGGGCUCCCGGGGGCCUCCGGGGGCCGGGACGGGCUGGGGCUGCUCCGCGUGGCCGGCGGCAGCGGCGUCGCCUGGAGCCCCGGAGGAGACCAGGUGGGGGCUGGGACGACGCCUUUCCAACAAACUGUUCGCGACUUUCCGAGAAUCUGUGGAAUCAGCAUCAAGCAGGCCCCGCGCGUCGGGCCGGCCGGGGAGCACCGCCUGGUCACCGUCACCAGGACAGACAACCAGAUCCUGGAGGCCGAGUUCCCGGGGCUGCCCGAGGCGCUGUCCUUCGUGGCGCUCGUGGACGGCUACUUCCGGCUGACCGCGGACUCGCGGCACUUCUUCUGCAAGGAGGUGGCCCCGCCGCGGCUGCUGGAAGAGGUGGCCGAGCAGUGCCACGGUCCCCGCAGUCUGGAUUUCGCCGUGCACAAGCUCAAGGCCGCAGGCUCUCGGCCGGGCUCCUACGUGCUCCGCCGCAGCCCGCAGGACUUCGACAGCUUCCUCCUCACCGUCUGCGUCCAGGUGGGCCCCCGUGCUCUGGCGCCAGAAAAGUCCAACCUGAUCGUGGUCCGGAGCGGCUGCAGCCCGUCCACCUCGGCCCCCGCUCAGCCCCAGUCCCAGCGCCAGCUGAGCCAGAUGACGUUCCACAAGAUCCCCGCGGACAGCCUGCAGUGGCAUGAGAACCUGGGCCACGGGUCCUUCACCAAGAUUUACCGGGGCUGUCGCCGGGAGGCCGUGGACGGCGAGGCCCGGGACACGGAGGUACUGCUGAAGGUGCUGGACGCCAAGCACAAGAACUGCAUGGAGUCGUUCCUGGAGGCCGCGAGCUUGAUGAGCCAAGUGUCCUACCCGCACCUCGUGCUGCUCCCACGAGGCCAAGUUGUGAGAAUCAGGGCUGGGAGCGGCACCAUGGUGCAGGAGUUCGUGCACCUGGGAGCCAUAGACACCUACCUGCGCAAGCGCGGCCACCUGGUGCCAGCCAGCUGGAAGCUGCAGGUGACCAAGCAGCUGGCCUACGCCCUCAACUACCUGGAGGACAAGGGCCUUCCCCACGGCAACGUCUCGGCGCGCAAGGUGCUCCUGGCUCGCGAGGGGGCGGACGGGAGCCCCCCCUUCAUCAAGCUGAGCGACCCCGGGGUCAGCCCCACGGUGCUCAGCCCGGAGAUGCUGGCCGACAGGAUCCCCUGGGUGGCCCCCGAGUGCCUGCAGGGCGCGCAGACGCUGGGCCUGGAGGCCGACAAGUGGGGCUUCGGCGCCACGGCCUGGGAGGUGUUCAGCGCGGCCCCGGUGCCCGUCUGCGCCCUGGACCCCGCCCAGGUCGGAGCUCGGGGCUCGGGGGCCUCGGUCUGGGCGGAAGGGUGGCCGGAGCCGCCUCUGAGGGCGGGGAGGGGCGGGCUACCACCCGCCCGAACCCCCGCACAGCGCCGGGGGAGCCGCCAGACGCCCGGCAUCGCCCCGCACCCCGCCCCACACCCCGCCGCACCCCCGCCGCGCCCCGCCCCGCCCCGCCAGACGACCGCCGGCUCCCUCGCCCCCCGCCGGCGCCGGGGGCCCUCGCCAGACCGUCUGGCCUCUACCCCACACCCGCCCGCGGCCCCGCUGCGCCCAGGGGGCCCCGCAUACCGCCCGGCCUCCCCACCCCCGCCUGCGCCCGGGGCCCGCCAGACUCCCGGCUCCCCCGCACCCGCAGCGCCCGGGGACCCCGCCAGACCGCCCGGCUCCCCGCCGCCGCCGGGGACCCCGCCAACCGGCCGGCUCCGCCCGCCCCCAGGGACGCGCCAGACGCCGGUCCUCCCCCCCGCAUUCAGGGAUGUAGGGGCGUCUGGCGUGUCCCACCGCGGGCCCGAGCUCAGUGAUGGGACCACACCCCCUAGCAGCGGGACGCAGGAGAUGGGGUCCCCCAAGUCCUUCCAACGGCUCGGCCAUGUGCAGUUGCGCAGGGUGUGCACUGCACAAGCAGGCCGCCUUUGCCCAGCGGGGCACCUCUUCCCCGUCCCCACGAGGUGCCCUUUGACUUGCAGUGGCCUUGCCAUAAUGCACAGAGAGGGUGAGCGCGCCGAUCCGGGCGUCACAGCAGGGCUCAGGAGCCCGGCCCAGGACGAGACGGGCCGCUCACCCCCUCCCCCUCCCCGCGCCCCCCCAGAUUACGAGCUCCUCUCAGACCCCACGCCUGGUGCCCUGGGCCCCCGCGACGGGCUGUGGAGUGGCGCCCAGCUCUACGCCUGCCAGGACCCCACCAUCUUCGAGGAGAGACCGCCCCCUCCAGGCCGCCAGAGCCUGCGGCUGGUCAUGGAGUACCUGCCCAGCGGCUGCCUGCGCGACUUCCUGCAGCGGCACCGCGCGCGCCUGGACGCCGGCCGGCUGCUCCUCUACGCCUCGCAGAUCUGCAAGGGCAUGGAGUACCUGGGCUCCCGCCGCUGCGUGCACCGCGACCUGGCCGCCCGCAACAUCCUGGUGGAGAGUGAGGUGCACGUCAAGAUCGCCGACUUUGGCCUGGCCAAGCUGCUGCCGCUCGACAAAGACUACUACGUGGUCCGCGAGCCCGGCCAGAGCCCCAUCUUCUGGUACGCCCCCGAGUCGCUCUCGGACAACGUGUUCUCGCGCCAGUCCGACGUGUGGAGCUUCGGCGUCGUCCUGUACGAGCUGUUCACCUACAGCGACAAGGGCUGCAGCCCCUCGGCCGAGUUCCUGCGGAUGAUGGGGUGUGAGCGCGACGCCCCUGCCCUGUGUCGCCUCCUGGAACUGCUGGAGGAGGGCCAGAGGCUGCCGGCGCCGCCCGCCUGCCCUGCGGAGGUUCACGAGCUCAUGAAGCUGUGCUGGGCCUCGGGCCCCCAGGACCGGCCACCAUUCUGCGCCCUGGGCCCCCGGCUGGAGGCGCUGUGGGGCGGGGGCCGCGGGUAGCGGCUGUGCGGGAGACCCGGGUCUGUCCCGCGGGCCAACCUCUGCACCCGGGCCUGACCACCCGGCUGCGUGCGUGCGUGGCCUCGGGCAGGGAAGAGCCCCUCUCUGGCCUCAGGCCCCCCGAGGGGCCCCUGCGCGAAGGACACCCCCGUGUGGCCGAUGACAUCGCGUUUGGGGGCUCCCCUGGCCCGAGGAGCAGCCGGUGGCCUUUGCAGUUUGUGCAGAUGCCAGACCCAGCGGCCUGGCCGAGCCCCUCCCGUCGUCCCACGCCCUGAGUUCUUUUCUUUUCCUUUUUUUUUUUUUAAAAAAAGAGACAGGGUCUCACUCUGUUGCCCAGCCUGGCCUCCAACUCCCGGGCUCAGGCAGUCCUCCCACCUCAGCCUCCCACGCAGCUGGGGCAACAGGCAGCUGGCUUGGAGUCUCCUGUCUUAUUGCCAAGAGGGACAUUAAUGUGGCUUUAAGUAGCUGCCAUCAGACAUCUGCCCUCUCUCUCUCUCUCCCUGUCCCGGGAGGAAGCCAAGGACGGGAGCAGAGGCGGGCUUGGGGCUUGGCUGUCUGGGGGAGCCCAGGUGCCUGCUGGGGACCCUGGGCCAUGGGGCCCUUUUUGUCCUGGGCCCCACCCCCUCCCCCGAGAGCCACAGAGGGGUGGCACAGAGCCUGGCGGGGGCUCUGCCGACAGUGGCGGAAUGGCAGGCGCUGCAGGCGGAGGGAAUAGCAUCUCCAGGGGAGGAGGCCCAGGGGAAGGAGGCUGACAGCCUAGACAUGGAACCCAGGCUUUCUUUGCCACUUGCACGCGAGCCGCUGGGCUAGCGGAUUUCCCUCUCUGGGCCCUGAGG